AUGGCCGGCCCCUCAAACCCGAGGACUCGGGACGCCGACACGAAGAAGAGGAAGAGAGAUCAGAAUGACAAGGACGGCCAGGCAAAGCGCACUCGGCAGAGAGGAGGCAAGCCUGCAAAAAACAGCCAGGCCGAUGCAGGCGACCUUCGCGACAAUGCCUUGAACGUGCUUUCUCAGCUUCAGAAGAACCUUACCGACGACCAAAUUGAAACCGAACUCGUCAAGCUGGGCAACACAGAUGCCCAGGCGCCCGGAUGGCAAGUGUCCUUGCCAAUGGGCGGCCGUAUGGCGGAUAUCGACCCCAUUUUCGUCGAGAAAGAGAAGUACUUGAUCCUGACAUAUAACACAUCAUUGCAAAUCUACUCAGUGGCCGAAUCCCUCCUUGUCCGAAGAAUUCCCCUCCCGGUAGUCCAAAACACAUAUGCCGACAAAUCUUUCGCGCCGACCAUCGUGGCGACAUGCCUCUCGCCUACCAAGCCCGACUUUGUCUGGGUUGCCUGCUCGGAUGGCAGAGUCUGGCGGGUCAAUUGGAAGAAGGGAACUAAGGUUUACGAUGAGUUCCGUACCCAGUCGCAAACCGCGCUGGACAUGACUGUUGCAGCGGUUGAGGGGCAAAAUGGCAAGACAGAAGUUAUCUACAUGUCUGAAACAACACAGAAGCUGUCGAAGGGCGAGAUCGUGGCCUACUUUGGCCCUAAUUUUGCCGAGCCAACUUCCGAGAUUCUCUUUACGACGAAGGAGGCAGAUCAGGGUAUUCACUUGUUGCGCUCGAGCGGCGAUGGCAAAACUAUUUUCGGUGCUACCAGAGCCGGUCUUAUUAUUGGAACAGUGACGCCCGAAGUCUCUAAAACAGAUGUUAGCCUGGAGUGCGAGUUCUUCACCUUUGACUCCACCGACAUUAUCUGCUCGGCCGAUAUCAGAAUCACAAACAAGAAGGACAGUGCCCCUGUUCUUGAUCUGAUUGCUGGAGGAGCUCGAGGUGCCAUUUACUAUUACAAUGACAUCCUUCGGAAGCUGCAAAAUCUUAAUGGGCCUAAGUCUAAGAAGGACAGCCUGCAGGCUCGCAAGUAUCACUGGCACAGGAGAGCUGUUCACAGCGUCAAAUGGUCAAAAGAUGGUCACUACAUGAUCUCUGGUGGCUCGGAGAAUGUCCUUGUCCUCUGGCAGAUGGACACUGGCAGGAUGGACCAUAUCCCCCAUCUGUCGGGAAGCAUUGAGAAUGUGGUCGUUUCACCUACCGGGUCGUCCUAUGCCGUGCAUCUCGAUGAUAAUUCCGCCAUGGUUCUUUCCACUGCAGAGAUGAAACCGACAACUUACAUAUCCGGCAUUCAGUCAGCCGCUCGGUUCACUUCAACACCCAAAGACUUGCUCGUCAAGCGUGUUUGGUCCGUAUCCGAUGAUGUGCGCCACCCGGUACCCGCCGCUCUGAACCCUGCAGAACCAUCCAGACUGUAUGUUUGCACUGGCACUGGUCAACAGGCAAUGCUGGCUGGUGAACUGCAGUCUGCGCCUUUGUUGCAGUCGUUCGAUAUGGAGUCGUUCAGAAGCAUCUCAAAACAGGCUCUCGCAAGGACGCAACCGACAGAUGUUAACAUCACCUCCAAGGGAAAUCCUAUCUCAGAACCUCGCAUCACUCACGUGGCUUUCUCUCAAGACGGCAGCUGGUUGGCUACGGUUGAUGACUGGCAGCCGCCUCAACGUGACCUGGAAAAGGUUGCCCCUGAAGCUCGCGAGCAGUUUGUUAAAGAAAGACGCGAGGUUUACCUCAAGUUUUGGGCUGCUGGCGAGGGCGACGAACCCUUUUCUUUGUCAUCUAGAAUCAACAGCCCUCAUGUCACUAGCAGGCCCGAAACUGUACUGGCCCUUGCUGCGGAUCACACAUCAAACAGAUUCGCCACGCUUGGAGAUGACGGCAUGGCGCGGAUAUGGCAUUCCAGGGCAAGGCAGCAGGAUGGUAUUGCUUCCAAGGACAGUACCGGUGAGGUUUUGCACUCUUGGUCGUGUGGUCUGGCAGUUGCUCUUGGAAGCAAUGUUGGUGCCGAUGCUCUUGCAAUCACUGGCGAGAAUGGCAGCGAGCGCAGCGGCAGCCUCUGCUUUUCAGAGGAUGGCUCAACGCUAUUCGUCGCCUUUGGCAACUCUAACGAUGGUGCUGUCUACGUUGUCGACACCACAACGGGUGAAAUCAGGCUCACGCUCGAGAAUCUUUGGAAGGGACACAUUCGUCGUCUGCAGGUUCUCUCCCCUUACGUCAUUACCCUCUCUGAUGACCUGAGAGUAUAUGAUGUCGUGGCCGAUGAGCUCCAGUAUGGCAUCCAGCUACCCAGCGGACGCAAUGCCACUGCGGCCAAGGAGUUCAGCCACUUGGCUAUCGAUCGCAAAUCGCGAACAUUUGCUGUGGUCGUGCCCGGCGGUCAAGCGUCCCAGCUUGCUGUCAUGAGACCAGAGGAGCCUGAGUUGUUGUGCGUCAAGCGCAUCCCUCACCGUGUUACCAGUCUGGUUUCCACCGGAAGUUCAUCUGGCUUCGUUGCCGUUGACGACUCUGCACAGCUUUGGACAAUUGCUGAGGCCUCAGACGCCGCCGCCGUUGCUAUUUCCAGGCCGCUGGAAGAAAUGCAGCUGGAUGCCGAGCCAGUUGCAGAGGAUGCAAUUCUUGAGGAUGCUGAAGUCGAGGACGAGGAAAUGGCCAGCGAUAACGAAGAGGAACGACCCUCUGAAGAGAUGGAUUUGGAUGAUGACGAUGCCCAACCAGCAGUCAUCAACAGGCAGCGUCUGGCAGAGCUAUUCGAUGCGGCGCCAGCGUUUGCUAUGCCUUCCAUUGAGGAUAUGUUCUACAAGGUUACAGGGAUGCUCGCGACGAAGCCCCUGGCAUCUUCAUAG